UGCCCGGGACAGGGACAAUGCUGGGAACAGCGCUGGGGACGCCACUGGCCGCUCCGGUGGCCCCCGGGCUCCUGCCGGCCCUGGGGACACUGCUGGGGGACAGCGGGGACAGGGCGGGCCGCGCUCUGGGGACACGUGCUGCUGCUGAAACACCGCGCCAGGAUGGACCACGAUUUCCUGGAGAGCGAGCGGCUCUUCCUGGAGAGCCUGAAAAAGGGGCCCUGAACCCGGCUGCGGGGGAGAUGGAGCUUUGGGGAGAUAAAAAUAAAAUAAAAAUAAAAAUAAAAAUAAAAAUAAAAAUAAAAGCAAAUUCCCUGCUGAAAACCUCCCGUUUGCAAAGAGAAAAAUUAAUUUAUUUUUAAAAUAAAAAUAAAUUCCCUGCUAAGAACUAUCCCCCGUUUGCAACUAAAAAAUGGAUAAAAAUAAAAAUAAAAAUAAAUUCCUGCUGAGAACCUUCCCCAUUUGCAAAGAGAAAAAUGGACUUUUGUAAAAAAUAAAAAUAAAAAUAAAAAUAAAUUCCCUGCUGAAAACCUCCCGUUUGCAAAGAGCAAAAUUAAUUUAUUUUCAAAAUAAAAAUAAGUUCCCUGCUAAGAACUAUCCCCCGUUUGCAAACAAACCAAAAAAAAUUGAUUUAAAUAAAAAUAAAAAAUAAUAAAAAUAAAAAUAAAUUCCCUGCUGGUAACCUUCCCCAUUUGCAAAGAGAAAAAUGGAUUUUUGUAAAAAAUAAAAAUAGAAACAAAAAUAAAUUUCCUGCUGAGAACGAUCCCUCGUUUGCAAACAAAAAAUUGAUAAAAAUAAAAAUAAAUUCCCUGCUGAGAACCUUCCCCUGUUCACAAAGAAAAAAUUGAUUUUUAAAAAAUAAAAAUAAAUAAAAAUAAAAAUGAACUCCCCACUGAGAACCUUCCCCCGUUUGCAGACAGACAAAUGUAUUUUUAUAAGAAUAAAAAUAAAUUCUCUUAUGAAAGCCAUGUCCUGUUUACAAACAGAAAAUAUAUUUUUGUUAAAAUAAAAAUAAAUUCUCUGCUGAGAAUCUUCCCCGGUUUACAAACAGAGAUUUUGGGGUGAAAAUGGGAAUUUUGGGGGUGGGAUUUUUGGGAUGGAAAUUUUGGGAAGGGAAUUUUUGGAUGUGAAUUUUGGGAUGGGAAUUCUGGAAUGGGAAUUUUUGGGAUGGGAAUUCUGGGGUGGGAAUUUUGGGAUGGGAAUUUUGGGAACGCAAUUCUGGAAUGGGAAUUUUUGGGAUGGGAGUUUUGAGAAUGCAAUUCUGAGGUGGGACUUUUGGGAAUGCAGUUUUGGGAAUUUUGGGAUGGGAAUUUUGGGAAUGAAAUUCUGGAAUGGGAAUUUUUGGGAUGGGAGUUUUGGGAAUGCAGUUUUGGGAUGGGAACUUUGGGAAUGCAGUUCUGGGGUGGGAGUUUUUGGAUGGGAGUUUUGGGAUGGGAGUUUUGGGAAUGAAAUUCUGGCAUGGGAAUUUUUGGGAUGGGAGUUUUGGGAUGGGAAGUUUUGGGAUGGGAAGUUUUGGGAUGGGAAUUUUUGGGAUGGGAGUUUUGGGAUGGGAAUUUUGGGAUGGGAGUUUUGGGAUGGGAAGUUUUGGGAAUGCAGUUUUGGGAAUGCAGUUUUGGGAUGGGAGUUUUGGAUGGGAAGUUUUGGGAAUGCAGUUCUGGGAUGGGAGUUUUGGGAUGGGCGCUCCUGGCCGUGCCCGGGGCCGCUCGGAGCCUCCCGGGCGGUUCCUUGGCUCUGUGACGGUCCCGCCGCGGAACCGGGGCCGCUCUGUGACGUCAGCCCCGGCGGGACCGGCGGGACCCCCGGGACCGGCAGGACCGGCAGGGACCGGCAGGACCGGCAGGAGCGGGCUCGGCGCUGUCCCGGCAUGGCUCCGCUGUGGCUCCUGGCGCUGCUGGCCCUGGCCGCGCCCGCCCGGGCCACCUGGGACUCCUGCGACGGUACCUGCGGGCUGCAGCCCAUGGCCGAGGAGUUCGGCGGCGGCUCCGGGGCCGUUCCCGGGGCCUGGCCGGGGCUGGCGAGCAUCCAGGACCCGCUGCGGGCCGGCAGCGGCCACGUGUGCGGCGGGAGCCUGAUCGCCCCCGGCUGGCUGCUCACGGCCGCCCGCUGCCUGCCCCGCGCCCGGAACGUCAGCGCCUGGCGGGUGGUGCUGGGCGCCGCCGACCUCAGCGACCCCCGGGCCCGAGGCGCAGGUGCGGCGGGUGCUGCGGGCGCGGCGGCACCCGGGGGCUGGACGUGGCGCUGCUGCAGCUGCAGCCGCCCGCAGAAUGCAGCGACUUCGUGCAGCUCGGCUGCGUCAGCGAGGCCGGGCCGCCGCAGGGGCUGCAGCGCUGCUACAUCGCGGGCUGGGGCCGCGUGGAGGACACGGUGUGAGCGCUGGGUGGGGCUGGGAUGGGCACAGGUGCCCCAGGUGUGCCCAGGUACGGGGUAG